AGAUCGGGCAGCACAGAAGUACUCUCUGCGCGCGUGGCUCGGCGCGGCGCGAUCAGGAAUAACCGUAUUUUUUACCUACAGGUCCUACCGAAGUAUGCGUAGUCUAACCUUGGGCUAACCCCCCCCUAGUUACCUAGUUAGUUAUAUGUGACAGGUGACAACGACGACAACGAGAAAACAACAAUCAAAUCGACACACCCCAGAUCACCCAGAUCGCCCAGACGGGUCAAGACGGCCUCGUCUCUGUCCACGCGCAGAGCCAUGUCUCUCACUCAAGGAUCGCCUCGACUUCCCUCCCCGCCGCCGCCGGCCGAGAUCCAACUCUCACCAAGCUUGAAUGCCGCUGCGAACCGCCAGACACCGCAGAUGGAGCAAACCAUCAACGACGCGAACGCGAAGCGCCGCAUCCACCCGGGCACCAAAGCCGAAGAUAUGGCCGCCGGCCCGCCCCUGGUGCCCUUGAACGAACUCGAUUCGGCUUUCCAACUGCAAGAACAUCUUGCCGCCCUCCACUAUCACCAUACUGCCUCCAACACUACUGCCAUCACGCGCGCCGCCGCUGCUCAGCUCACCCAGCCGCCGCCUGGCAUCGAUCGGACCCUGUGGCUUUACGAGCUCUGUCGCUUUCUUAUCGCAGAAUGCAAUAGCUUGAUCGUCGGCUUUCUCUUCGACAACCCUCCUUGCUCAUCCGCGACAUGUCCUGAAAUGCGCGCCUCCGAAUGGCAGUUCUUAUGCGCCGUACAUGACCAGCCCAAGAGUUGUUGCGCAAUCGAUUAUUGCUGUCAUACGCUUGAUUGGGCGGCAAAUGUAGUCACAAAUCCCAAGAUCUUCCCGAGCAGAUUCGUUCUGGUGUCCGAAGGUCACGACAAAAGCGCAGUUCUGAAGAAUUUGGUCAAUGUGUUCAGGCGACUUCAUAGAAUAUUUGCGCAUGCUUGGUUUCAGCACCGACAAGUAUUCUGGUCAGUGGAGUCUCGCACUGGCCUAUACGCUUUCUUCAAGACCGUCUGCGAUAUGUACGAUCUGCUACCGGCAGAAAACUACAAGCUUCCUCCUGAGGCUGAGGGCUUAGAGCCCGGCGCUUCUAACAAGGAAGAGAAACGACCUACGGUGACGUCUAUUGUCAAGUCGAACUCUCACCAUAAUGAUGACUUCGAACACGAAGAUGAUCGAAGUAGUUUACACGCGCGUAGGAGCAAUACGGCAAGACACUCGAGUAGACCAUCAACCGGCAGUGCCGUGACAACCGUCAUUGAAGAGGGCGAAGACGAGCAUUCAGAAGUCGCCGAUAAGCUAAAGGAGAUGCGCAUUUCAGCUAAAGAUAUUACCGAGGAAGAAUCUGAGGUAGAGGUCCCUGUCAUUGUUGAGGGCGACAUAGGCAUAGACACACGAAUCACUGAGUCCUCUGCUCGCCCGGGCGAUCCUGACCGCCCUCAAAGUGACCCCACUGGCGAGGUUGCCCAAAAUACCGCAUUGACCAACGUGGAAACAUCUCAAAUACCCAGUGAGCAGGUCGCAGAUGAGUCACAGCCUAGGGCAGAUAAUGAGGAUAAACAAAGCACCCCGGCGGCCACCGACUCAGUCCCUGAGGAGGCGGCCUCAACUACAGCGGAGAAUGCUAGCGAAAAUGCCGCGGAAUCAAGCCCUAAACAAGGCGAAGAAAAGACAGACCCCGAGGAUUCGAGCACGGGAUAGGACCCCGUAGCCCGCCUUGAGCGAUUGGAACAAGAUAAUGCGGACCCGUUAAGUGUAGAUGAGAUCAUCCGACAAAGCAAAUCCGUUGAACGACAGAUGCGACGCUUGAGAGCGUCCAGAAGUCUGCCCAAUGAUAAAGAACCCGAUGCGGAUACAAAACGCAUCAUUGAGCGUACAAGAGAGGUUACGAACAGGCUGCGCCAGAGCCAGAGUCGACAGCAGCGGUCCAAGCCUUAAGGCAGCCCUCGAAUACUACUACAGUAGCUGGGAACAGGCGUGGAACCGGUAUCAAGGUUGGACGAGUUUUAUGGGGUGGCGUUAUAUCGUGGUUCGUGCUCACGCGCCUUUCAGGAGUCAUUGGACCGUGUAUAAUAUCAAUUUUGGAGGCUUGAGGGGGCAAAUAGGGAUUAUGUUAGACACCUAUGUACGAAUAACUUACGACGACCUUAUAAACCCUGUAAUUAUAUUCUCACAAUUCUCAGCAUUGCAUAAGUGCACUGUUCAUUAACGUACUCCCACUGAGGAGUCCUGCUUGCUCAUAUGGAAGCCGCGAGAGGAUUAAAGCAAGAAGUGGAAUUUGGAAAGAGUGAUAUGG